AAAUAAACUUGAGCAAAAGCUUUGGAUCAGUACAUCUGUGCUGCAGUGAUCUGUCUGUUGGCUGCAUAAAUGGCCCAUGAUGUAUCGGGUUUACUGUCUCCAUAGAAACAACAUCCAGACGUAACUACGUCACCACCGUGCUCUUAUUGUCCAGAUGUAACAUGCUGUUUUGGUUCUCACUCGUCCUGUAAAUAAACGAGUUCACAUGGACCGUAGCUUGAAGAGACGGCAGGUGAAGCCACUUGCUGCCUCUCUCCUUGAUGCCUUGGACUAUGACAGUUCUGAUGACAGUGACUUUGAAGUUGGAGAUGCAUCAGGGUCUGAUGGUACCGGCAAUGGCAGUGAUGAGGAGGGCUCUAAGGUCAGUGCUGCAGGCUCAGAAAAUGAAUCGGACAAUGCUGCUUCUGUUGAUGAUGGUCAGGAGGAGGGGGCCAAAGACCUGGCUGCUGAAGACAACCUAACUGAGGAUGAGGAGAAGGUCAAACCAUCCUCAGAUAGCUCCACCAAAGACACACCCUCUGUCACCCAGUCCAAACGUAGAAGGACGAGCAAGAAGGUGGCAGAACCCAGCCCCGCUGAAGCUGGUGAACCUGAAUCUACCUCAGCAUCCGGAGCUGGCAGUGGGAAUGCAGAGGAGUCGCCGACUGAGCCCAAGAAAUGGAAUUUCAGAAGGAACCGUCCCCUUUUGGACUUUACAACCAUGGAGGAGCUGAAUGAGAUGGACGACUAUGACAGUGAAGACGAUAACGACUGGAGGCCUACGGCAGAGAAGAAGAAAGGAAAAGCAGCUGCUCAGAAAGGCGGCACAGAGGAGGAAGAAGGAGGCAGUGCCAGUGACGACAACGACGACGAUGAGGACGAUGACAAUGAUGAUGAUGAUGACGACGACGACGAUGACGAUGAUGACAACAACGAUGACAAGGAAGAUGGUGAUGACAACAACAACAGUAGUAGUGAUAGUGAGAAAGAGGUGAAGAAGUCCAAGAAGAAGGUGAAGACCAGCAGUGCUUUUGAUGAUGACCUGACCAAUGACAGCAUGUCCCAAGGAAAGGGGAAUGAGGAUGCUUUGCUCGACCGCUCUCAGACUUGGAACACUCAGCACAUCCUGAUCUGCUGCGUUUGCUUGGGAGACAACAGUGAGGAUGCAGAUGAGAUUAUCCAGUGUGACAACUGUGGGGUGACUGUGCAUGAAGGGUGCUACGGUGUGGACGGAGAGAGCGACUCUAUCAUGAGCUCGGCCUCUGAGAAUUCCACCGAGCCAUGGUUCUGUGACGCCUGCAAGAACGGCGUGACUCCCAGCUGUGAGCUGUGCCCAAACCAAGAUGGCAUCUUCAAGGAAACCGAUGCCGGAAGGUGGGUGCACAUGGUUUGUGCGCUUUACGUCCCCGGAGUGGCGUUUGGAGACAUCGAUAAACUGAGACCAGUGACGCUCACCGAGAUGAAUUAUUCAAAGUAUGGAGCCAAGGAGUGCAGCUUCUGUGAGGACUCCCGCUUCUCCAGGACAGGGGUGUGCAUCAGCUGUGAUGCAGGAAUGUGUCGCUCCUACUUUCAUGUCACCUGUGCACAAAAAGAGGGACUUCUAUCUGAGGCUGCAGCCGAGGAGGACAUUGCUGAUCCAUUCUUUGCGUACUGCAAGCAACACGCAGACCGCUUUGACAGGAAAUGGAAAAGGAAGAAUUAUCUGGCUUUGCAGUCCUACUGUAAAGUCUCUCUGCAGGAGAGAGAGAAGCAGCUCACUCCUGAGGCUCAGGCCAGAAUAUCCACCCGCCUGCAGCAGUACCGAGCUAAAGGAGAGCUGUCCAGGAACACCCGACCCCAGGCCUGGGUGCCUCGUGAGAAGCUGCCCCGACCUCUGACCUCUAGCGCUUCAGCCAUUAGAAAGCUGAUGAGGAAGGCAGAGCUGAUGGGCAUCAGCACAGAUAUUUUCCCCGUUGACACAUCUGAUGCCAACGCUAGCAUGGAUGGACGCCGGAAACACAAGCAGCCUGCCCUAACUGCAGACUUCGUUAACUACUACCUGGAGCGAAACAUGCGAAUGAUCCAGAUCCAGGACAACAUCUCAGAGCAGAAGAGCCUGAAAGACAAACUAGAGAGUGAACAGGAAAAACUUCAUGUGGAGUACAACAAGCUGUGUGAGUUCCUGGAGGAUCUGCUGAAUGUAAACGGAACCCUGCGGAGUGAAGGCCAGGCCAUUUGGACUCUGCUGGGCAGCAUCGUGGGCCAGAAGCUGAACACUCCCACAAUUCUGAAAGCUCCCAAAGAAAGGAAACCCAGCAAGAAGGAAGGAGGAUCACCUGGAAAGUCGUCCAGCCUGCCAGCCGUCCUCUACAGCUGUGGAAUCUGUAAGAAGAACCAGGACCAACAUCUUCUGGUGCUGUGUGACACGUGCAAACUGUAUUACCACCUGGGCUGCUUGGAGCCUCCGCUUACACGAAUGCCCAAGAAGACCAAGAACAGCUACUGGCAAUGCUCAGAGUGUGACCAGGCCAGCAGCGAUGAGGCUGACAUUGCCAUGGAGACAUUACCCGAUGGUACCAAGAGAUCUAGGAGGCAGAUAAAAGGACCAAUCAAGUUUAUUCCUCAGGAGAUGUCUCCGGAGCCCAAGAAACCACAAGUGAGAGGGACGAGAACCAGAGGGCAGAAGAGGAAGAGGGUUCCCAUGGCAGAGGACCGGGAGGAGAAAGUUGAGGAACCACUGCCACGGGAACGCAGACAACGCCAUUCUGCAGUGCAGAAAAAACCAAAAGCUGACGACACAAGGACCGAGUGUGCAACCUGCAAAGGACCGGGCGACAAUGAAAACUUAGUGAGGUUGUGAGAGCCGGGCAGCCACCUCACCUCACCUCCCAUAAAAUCUCGGGACUGAUGACCGUUGGCUUAGAGACAGAGAAAGAGAGGGGGAGAGAGAGAGAAAGAGGCAAAUUGAAGCUCGAAUCGGGCCGAAGAACAAGACCGUCACAUCGCUCCGCAGCACCUCUGAUCCAAAGUGGACAGCACAAAUAGGAGCAAAACAUGGAACCAUCCAUGGCCACAUUGAUUUUAAUGAAGUUUCUCUUUUCUAUGUCUAACAUGUUUUACACUGUAACAGAAUAUGAAGUGUAAUGUUUGUGUUUAAAUGGUUAAUUAACUCUGGUUAGGAAACACCACAUUCUGGUAUUCAUGCUUCCUUGUUCUGAGAAAACAACCCCAAACCACAGAGGUUCUCCAACACAAGCCUUUCUGCUUCAGUUAGGUAGAAGUGGACCAGAUGGUUGGUAUCAACCCCAGAAAAUCUCUAAAAUUACCUCAAUCUGACAAAAGUCACAAAAACAAAAUGAAGUGAAAAUUAACUCAUGAGCAUGAGACGUUACUUUUAAAUUCAAGUUUAACAGCAGAACUUCAAUAAACAAUCUACUCAAACUGGUUUGGUCUAAAGUUAUGUAACAUGUAACUUAAUAUUUACUUGUUCCUCCUGAGGAGAUCAAUGGAUUUCUGUAACUUUCAGGGGGACUUCUCACCUGUUUACAGGUGUUCUGACCUUUUUUUAGUGUGUCUUGUUACCUUUAGCUGGUUGGAGAUGGUCUUCUAACCUUCAGAUGGUUGGAGAUGGUCUUCUAGCCUUUAGCUGGUUGGAAAUGGUCUUCUAGCCUUUAGCUGGUUGGAGAUGGUCUUCUAACCUUCAGAUGGUUGGAGAUGGUCUUCUGGCCUUUAGCUGGUUGGAGAUGGUCUUCUAGCCUUUAGCUGGUUGGAGAUGGUUUUAUAACCUUCAGCUGGUUGGAGAUGGUCUUCUAGCCUUCAGCUGGUUGGAGAUGGUUUUAUAACCUUCAGCUGGUUGGAGAUGGUCUUCUAGCCUUCAGCUGGUUGGAGAUGGUCUUCUGGCCUUUAGCUGGUUGGACAUGGUCUUCUGGCCUUUAGCUGGUUGGAGAUGGUCUUCUUGCCUUCAGCUGGUUGGAGAUGGUUUUAUAACCUUCAGCUGGUUGGAGAUGGUCUUCUAGCCUUCAGCUGGUUGGAGAUGGUCUUCUUGCCUUUAGCUGGUUGGAGAUGGUCUUCUAGCCUUCAGCUGGUUGGAGAUGGUCUUCUUGCCUUUAGCUGGUUGGAGAUGGUUUUAUAACCUUCAGCUGGUUGGAGAUGGUCUUCUAGCCUUCAGCUGGUUGGAGAUGGUUUUAUAACCUUCAGCUGGUUGGAGAUGGUUUUAUAACCUUCAGCUGGUUGGAGAUGGUCUUCUAGCCUUCAGCUGGUUGGAGAUGGUUUUAUAACCUUCAGCUGGUUGGAGAUGGUCUUCUAGCCUUUAGCUGGAUGGAGAUGGUCUUCUGGCCUUUAGCUGGUUGGACAUGGUCUUCUGGCCUUUAGCUGGUUGGAGAUGGUCUUCUUGCCUUCAGCUGGUUGGAGAUGGUCUUCUAACCUUCAGCUGGUUGGAGAUGGUCUUCUAGCCUUCAGCUGGUUGGAGAUGGUUUUAUAACCUUCAGCUGGUUGGAGAUGGUCUUCUGGCCUUAACCCUUUGAU